AUGACAAGAGGGUAUUCAUUAGAACAAGAUUUUGGAUUAUUAGUAAAUAAUCCAAAGUACAGUGAUGUAGAAAUUUUAUGUGAAGAUGAAAAGAAAUUACACGGUUGUAGAGCAAUUUUAGCAGCAAGGUCCGAAGUAUUUGAUAGACUACUUUAUAAUGGGAUGAAAAAAAAUCACGAUAAUCAAAUUUCUUUUCCAAAGAUUAAGUCCGCUGGAAUGGAAAUUGUUUUAGAAUAUAUUUAUACGGGAUCAGUUAAAGAAGAAUCUUUAACAAAAGAUAAUGCAGUUGAAGCUUUUUACGCUGCAGAUUAUUUUCGAUUAUCAGACCUUCAAGAUUUUAUUACAAAAACGGUUAAGGAUACUAAUUUGGCAAAAUAUUAUUCACCGGAAUUAUUAUCUAAAGUUUCAGAAAAAUUACCAUUAACAGAAGAUAAUACUCUCAUUAAUUUAUUGGUUGAAACAAUGGCAAUAAUGUCAUUAAAUGAUAUUGAAUUUGGUCGAUUGUCUGUAGCAGGUCUUAAAUAUCUUUUAUCUUGUACACAUGAAAGAGAAAAGCCUUUUGCAACACCAGAAUAUGAAGUUUUUCGUUAUAGUGCUAUUCUCGCAGCAAAACAAGUUUCUAAUGAUGCAAAUAAAAUUCUUACGAAACUGUUGCCAACUUUAGAUCAAAUAGAGAGUCCAAUCAAAGUAAAAAAUAAAUUCAUUACCGAUCAUCAAAAAGUUGGCAAAGAAUUAGAACCUUUGAUUAAAUUUAUUGAUUUCAGAAGAAUUAAAGUUCAAAUAUUAGCAGAUAUUAUUGAACCAUUAGAAAUUGUUCCAGAUAAAAUAAUUUCUAAUGCUUAUCGAUAUAUAGCGUUAUCAAAUAAUUCAAAUUUAAAUUAUAUUCGUGGAAAACCAAUUAAAUCAAUUGAUCAAUCCGAUUACUAUGUUUGGGAUGAAUCAGCAUGUGGAUCAAAACUUAUUAUUGAGGAUAAUGGAAAAAUUGUGCAAACACUAAAUAAUUGUAAUUCUCAUCAAAAUGUUAGAGCUAAAAUAGUAUUAGAGGAUAAAGGUAUUUUUGAAUGGGAUAUCAUUAUUGAGAAAACUUGUGCAUAUGCUUGGGUUGGAGUUUGUGCGUCAGAAAAUUUCGAUUACGAAAAAUUUGCAAGAUAUCAAUCUACUGGAUGGGUAUUGGGUUCCAGUGGUUGUUGUAAUAAAUCCAUAGAAAAUUAUUGUCCACCAUUUGGUGAUGGUACGAAAGUUACAGUUCAUUUAGAUAUGAAUAAAAGAACUUGUGCUUUUUCAAUCGACGGUAAAAAGUAUCGGGAGGUAUCAGAGUGGGACAAUUUACCAUCAAAGCUUUAUCCAGUAGUAUCAUUAUUUUCUCCUGGUCGCUUUCGAAUUCAACCACAUCAAAAAAGUUAG